AUCUGACAGAUGCGAGCGUCAACUUUCUUUUAAAAGCCUCGAUAAAACCAGGUGAAAAAACAAAUAUACAAACCAAAUAUGCGACUGGUUUUGAGCUGGAUGAUACACCCUUUGUUAGGACGCUGUACAGCUUGAAAGAUGCAGGAAAAACUUAUACAACAGCUUAAGAAAGAGGUGAAACAGAUCGUCGAGGAAGCAGUCACCCGAAAAUUUAUUCAUGCAGAUAGCACAAGUAUAACGUCGCUUUGUGCUGUUGUCGAUGCCGUCAUCAAAGAUGGUUCUAAACGACGUGCUGGAGGAAUCCUACCUCCGUACGACACGGAAACAUUGCUUUUGAAACUAUGCGAGGUGUCUGAGGCUACCAGAGUACUGGUAAGGAAGCUGUCAGGAACAGAACCAGAUGAUGCUUUUGAAGUUCAUAAACCUUCCCCAGGUCCAGAGGAUGACAUCAAGAAGACAGAGGUGAAAGUUAAGAAGUUAAACUUGGACCAAUGCAAGCUAUCUUAUGGAAAGAAUAUCAAAUUCUUGUGGAUCAGAGUUGCAUUGGUUGAGAAACUUCUAGCAAAGAUUCUCGGAUCCUUGGUGGAACAUGCUGACAAAUUUUAUGAACCAACUGCAAUUUUGGCUGAUCCUGUCAAUGGACCUCUUGUGGCUAAUCUCCUUGCUGGACCCUGUGCCCUGGAUUAUUCCAAGAUGAAGACGCCAGAUGGGAGGUGGUCGGAUCCCUCGGCAGAUGAACUGGUUCAACGACAUCGCAUCCACAGUGGUUUAUCGCUAAGACGACGUCAGACAUCUUUUGAUAAACCUCAACUUUCCAGCACCUCUCCCUUGCCCGAGGAAUUUGUAGUCGCUCCGAGUCUGGCGAGGGAACAUGUCGAGUCCUUGCAUCAGAAUGCUAGUGCAAAUAUGUUGUUUGGGAAAAAUAACGUUGAAGUGCAACCAGCUUCAGGUUCGGACUGGGUGCCAGGUUAUUUGUCUUUACACCAAACUGCUGAGUCGCUUCUCGUGAAAUGGACGCCAAAUGAUCUGAUGAGCGGCUCACCAGAUGAACAUCAAAUGUUACAACACAGUAACCAGGCUAUAACCAUUGAUACAUUAGACGUGGUGUAUGUCCACUGUCAUCAUAGAGGUGAGGCCGAGCGAGUGAUGGUUUUAAUCGCUCAGGAUGGUGUUCAGCGUCCACCAAUCAGGUUCCCAACAACAGGAUCAUUGAUGAGAUUCCUGGAAUGCUUAGAGACGGGUUUGGUGCCCUAUGGUAGGCUGGAUCCGCCUCUGGCUAACGACACUGGUGGUGGUGAAACACUCUUCGAUAAACACGAAGGAAAAAUCGUAAAACAAUCCUUGACCAGAGAUUAUGUCUUCCGCUUGGUACCAAGUAUUUCACCUGAGGACAUAGGCUUUGAUAGUGACUUGAAUUUGUGGGCGACCUCGAAGACGAAGACACGAAAAAAGAAGAAGUUGAGAAAGCUUGCUGACCGACCCAAGACACGACCACCGCCUCAAAGACUUGUGAAAAAACGAGGAACGGAAAUGACCAGAGCUUGUUUAGAGUCAGUUUGCCACACAAUGAAACACCAGAUAAUGUACAGAGCAUUGAAAGGCUGGUUGUCUCAUGUGCGUCACCUGUCAACUGUAAGAAACCAUCUCUCAAGUCUCGUUCAGCCCACGGUGGUCGCCGUUGAUGACGUAACGAGCAAAGGAUUGACGCGGGAAAAAUGGUCGGAGCUGUAUCGUGCUGGCAAGUUAUGUUCAGACGAAGAUGAAAUUGCGAAGCUGGUCUAUCACGGUGGCGUGGAACAUGAUCUUCGACAUUUGGUCUGGCCGUAUCUCCUUGGCUAUCACGCGUACGGGAGCACGCCUGAAGAACGUGAGCACGAGGACAACGCGCGCGCGUUCGAGUAUAAACGAAUUCUCGCGGAAUGGACCAACGUCGAAAUUUUGAUUCGCCAACGAACACGAGUGUCGGAAACCGAUCGGGACAGCACGGCAAGCAGCGCGGGGAGUAAGGACGAGUUUAACGAGACCCCGGAACAUGAUACCCACGAUACGAAAAACAAUAUUGAGUCGCCAGACAGCGGUAAUGUAUCCAACGGAAAGCUCACAAAUGGAUACCAGGAUAACGGCACCCCAGAAGAACAUUACUCCGGGUGUAAUGGAACCCCGGGAGAAGAUGACCGUGAAGAGACAAACCCCGAGGUUAAUUCUCCAAAAUCCGAACUCGACGAUGAGAGCGGAUGUUAUGAUUGUGUUGAGGAGUCCGUCAAGGUACCGAUCUCGACCUACGAGAAUGGUUCCUCGUGCGAGAAGUGCACCCUAUGUGGCAAGAGUGCCGGGGAUUAUGAAGAUUUGACGAAUGGUUACCAUGAAAAUGGCGUGGAUGGUGAUACGGAUGAGAGGCAACAGUGCACAUGCAAAGAUGGCAGAUCGUCACGGCUUAGUUCCUACUCAGAUGAUUUGUUAGAUAAUUUUGCUCUCAAUAUUCAUCGUAUCGACAAGGAUGUGUUGCGUUGUGACAGAAAUUAUCCUUACUUCAGUCAACCAAACCUCGAGAAAUUACGCAGAAUCAUGUGCACGUAUGUAUGGACGACAUUAGAAGUCGGGUAUGUUCAAGGGAUGUGUGAUCUGCUAGCUCCACUGUUGGUCAUUUUUGAUGACGAAGCGAAGUCGUAUCAUUGUUUUGUUCUGCUCAUGAAGAGGAUGGAUCAUAACUUUCCUCAUGGUGAAAAUAUGGAUAAAUAUUUCGUCAAUAUGAGAUCACUUAUUCAGAUCCUAGAUCCAGAAUUAUUUGAAGUGAUGCAACAGAAUGGGGAUCUAACCCACUGUUACUUCUGUUACAGAUGGUUUUUGUUAGACUUCAAGAGAGAGUUUCUCUACGAAGACAUAUUUCGCGUGUGGGAAUGCAUUUGGUCAGCGCGUAUCUGUUCUUCCAAACACUUCGUCCUCUUCAUCGCUCUGGCUUUGUUAAAGAGCUACAGGAAUAUUCUCAUAGAUCACAGCAUGGAUUUCACGGACAUCAUUAAGUUCUUCAACGAAAUGGCGGAGGGACACAACGCCACUCAAAUCUUAGAUCUUGCUCGAAGCUCAGUCGAGAACGUUACUAGGUUAAUACAGAAUGAAUAGGAAGAUAAACCUACCUGUCCAGCUCGCUAGGGACGGAAGAAUAGAUAGCUUUGUGCGAAGUUCUCGUUCCGUAAAUGCUAGUUUCCACUGAGAAAAAAUCUCCUUUGGAUCGGAACGAACAGGAAAAUUUCCUUUGUCGGUGAGUUCUCAGGCGGCAUUCAUACAAAGGAAACUUUCCUCCCCUGUGCGAUUUAAAGGAGAAUUUUCCUGAGUGGAAACUAGCCUUAAGGGAGGAAGAUUAGGAUAUUAUAAGCUGGUCUUCUCUUCGGCCGUAUCGUGUUCUACACCAUUUUCUUUCGUGUCAACUUCUUGGAAAUUGCUUCAGAGAAACUGCCAUGCCCUACUGAAAUCACUCUAGGCUUUUCUAAGAAAGAGAGGUGGUGCAGAUUUCCCCAGGCGGGAUUCCCUUCAUCUCUGAUUGGUACACACAAUGUCCUACUACCACAACCAUAUUAAACUUCAUGACGAUACGGUUGAACUGAAGGCCAUAAUUUUUGGUAUUUUGAUGAAUUUACUGUUCAUUGAUGAACCAUAGAAUGCAUUCUUGAGGCGAUGUUAGUGCGAAUACAACUAGCCAAAUCUCAUUGUAGAAUAAACCAGAAUAGGUCAUAUUUAACACUAAGUUAAUAUUAGGCUGU